GCCAGGGCCGCCGCGCGCCGGCGGCGCGCAGGCCGCCCGGCGGCUCGGGCGCCGGGGCCCUCGCGGGCGGUGUCCAGCGAGGACGUCUUCGCCAUGGUGCGCGCCUGGGUUCCCGACGAGGGCGUGGCGCGGUCCGCGUCGCUGCGGGCCCUGGCGGCGCUCGCGGCGACGGCGGCUCCGCUCGCUGCCUGCGCGGAGGGCGAGAUGCCGCCGCCCCCGACGCCGAUGUUCCAGCAGCAGCAGGGCAUGGACCAGGGGCAGCCGGGCAGAGUCACCGGGCGCGUCACCUACUCGCGCCUGCUGGAGUUCGUCGACGAGGGCUCCGUGAAGCGCGUCGACCUCUACGACAUGGGGCGCACGGGCAUCGCCACCGUCUCCGUCGGCGGGCGCCAGCAGCAGCUGACGUGCGACCUGCCGGGUGCGACGUCGGGCCUCCUCGAGAAGCUCUCCCAGAAGGGGGUACAGAUCGAUGUGCACGCCCCCGAGAAGCCCAACGAGUUCCUCAAGGUGCUCGGCGACGUGGCCUUCCCGCUGCUCAUCAUCGGCGGCCUGCUGUUCUUCCGGAGCCAGUCGGGGGGGCGGGGGGGCAUGCCCGGGAUGCCGGGCAUGCAGAACAAGAAGGAGAUCCAGCUGACCCCGAACACGGGCGUGAAGUUUGAGGACGUGGCCGGCAUCGACGAGGCGAAGGAGGAGCUGACCGAGAUCGUCGACUUCCUGAAGGCGCCGGAGCGCUUCGUGAAGGUGGGCGCGAAGAUCCCGAGGGGCGUCCUGCUGACUGGGCCGCCCGGCACGGGCAAGACGCUCAUGGCCAAAGCACUGGCAGGCGAGUCCGGGGUCCCGUUCAUCCAGUCGUCGGCCGCAGAGUUCAUCGAGCUCUUCGUGGGCGUGGGUGCCUCGCGGGUUCGCGACAUCUUCAAGCAGGCGAAGGAGAACUCCCCGUGCAUCGUGUUCAUCGACGAGAUCGACGCCAUCGGCCGGCAGCGCGGCUCCGGCAUGGGCGGCGGGAACGACGAGCGGGAGCAGACCCUGAACCAGAUCCUGACCGAGAUGGACGGGUUCGAGGGCAACAGCGGCGUCAUCGUCGUCGCGGCCACCAACCGCUCGGACAUCCUCGACAGCGCCCUCCUGCGCCCCGGGCGGUUCGACCGCCGCGUGCAGGUCGACCUGCCCGACGUGAAGGGGCGGGAGCAGAUCCUCAACGUGCACCUGCGGAACAAGAAGCUCGACGAGGAGAUCAGCGUCGGCGAGGUCGCCAAGCGCUGCGCCGGGAUGAGCGGCGCCGACCUGGAGAACCUGAUGAAUGAGUCGGCCAUCCUCGCGGCCCGCCGCAAGAAGAAGUCCAUCUCCAUGGAGGACAUCAACGACGCCACGGACCGCGUCGUGGCGGGCCUGGAAGGCAGGGCCCUGGCGGACGACGCGCAGAAGAAGCUGUUCGCCUACCACGAGGCGGGGAAGGCCCUCGUCGGCUCCCUGCUGCCCUACCACGACCCCGUCGCCAAGAUGACCCUGCUCCCCCGGGGGCAGAAGAAGAGCCUCACCUGGUUCUCCCCGGACCAGGACCAGAGCCUCAUCUCCGCGGCGUCCCUGAAGGCGCGCAUCGCCGGCUUCCUCGGCGGUCGCGCCGCGGAGCAGAUCGUGUUCGGGACCGGCCAGGUGACCACGAACGCCGCCGAGGACCUGAAGCGGGUCGACCAGGUCGCGCGCGCCAUGGUCACCCAGGUCGGCAUGUCGAGCGUCGGCCAGAUCGCCAUCGACCAGGGCGGGAUGAUGGGUCCGAGCUACUCGGAGGACCUGGCGGCGAAGAUCGACGUGGCCAUCAAGGAGCUGUCCGACGAGGGCUACCUCACGGCGCUCAAGAUCGUAGUCAACAACCGCGCCUGCCUCGACAAGCUCGCGGACGAGCUGUACGAGAAGGAGACCCUCGACGGAGCAGCCAUCAAGCAGAUCAUCUCGGAGUUCACGGAGAUCCCCGAGAAGCUGGCUGCGGUGUGAUCGCAUCCUCGCAGCUCUGGCCCGUUUUCGUCCACGUCUUACAUGUCUGGUUUUUCGCCCUUCGGGAUUUUUUCUCGCAGGUGCCACUCUUCGCCCCGCCGGCUUCCACCGCCGGCGAGCGUCCAGCCUUCGGAAGCAGCGCGGGCGUGAUUCCUCCUGCCUCGCCCGCUGUGGACUGGUCUCCACUGUACAGCGCCUCUUGCCUCGCCCGCUGCACCCGUCGCACCUGCAGCGCCGCGCCGUCUCGCCUUCGUCGGUCUCCCUCGCCGCUGGAAGCCUUUUCCGGCAGUGUACGGCGGGCCUCGGCGCGGCGGCUUUUCUUUCCCAUCGGGGGCGAGGCGCCAGCCAGAGGCCCGGAGGCGUGGAACGCACAGGGCUCAGGUCGGGCAUGUCCCGCGACAGGAGGAAGGUUCUGAACUAGUUCAUAAUAGUCUGGCGACAGAUUUCCCAGCACUUCUGGACAU